GAUGGCUGCUAUCAUCGACUAUGGAGGUUAUGAUUCCGAUUUGGAGGAACCCCCUCCAAAGAAACCAUUCCUGGCUCCAGACAUGGAUUCAAAAAUGGAACGUUCAUACAAAACAAAUCGGGAUAAACUUGGUGGAUUCACUUCGUACAGCGAUAAAGAGUCGUGGAAGACACAAACAUUUCAUCUUCGCAAAAUGGAUGCAUAUGACCGACAUAAAGAACUUAUAAAGAAUUAUGUGAAAUUAUAUGGGGGCAAAGUUGAAGAUUUCAACAGAGAUUCGUCCAAAGACAGGAAUGAUUUUACAGUGGUCAAAGAGAAUCACAAAUUUUUAUGGGAGUCAGAAAAAACCCAAUCUUGGGAAGAGAGGAUAGCCAAACGUUAUUAUGAUAAACUCUUUAAAGAGUACUGCAUUGCAGAUCUGUCAAAGUAUGAAUCUCAGAGGAUAGCUCUGCGGUGGCGAAUAGAAUCUGAAGUGAGAAAGGGUAAAGGUCAGUUUAUUUGUGGCAGCAAGGGAUGUUCAGAAACACUACUGCUUUGUAGUUGGGAAGUUAAUUUUGCGUAUGUUGAACAAAAUGAGAAGAAAAAUGCUCUUGUUAAAGUGAGACUCUGUCCAGAUUGCUCAAUUAAACUUAAUAUGGUUAAAAAAGUGAAUAAAAUUAGCAAGAAGAAGAAAAAAUCUAAGCAUAAAAAGAAAAGGUCUAGAUCCCGGUCUAAUUCAUCAAAAGAAAUUGACACUAAUACUCCAGAAGUUGCUGGUAGUUCAAAAGAUAAUGAGCCUGAUAUUGAAACAGCUGAAAAUGUUUGGAAAGGCCCCGCUCCUGAAACUUUAAUAAAAUCAAAUGAGGACCAAAUGGAUGAGUUUUUAGAUGAUUUAUUCUUGUAGCUGAUUUCUUCCAUGUACUCCAUUACGCAAAAUCAGAUUUUCGUUUAUAAAAUCUGAUGUUAUAUUGAUUAUUGGUAUGUUGUCCAUGUUUACUGAGUAAUUAAAAUGGACAAUAUUAUAUGAAUAAUUUGAAAUGUUUUGAUACUUUUAGUAUUGCUGGUAUAACUGGUCACUUUAUAUUUGAACAUA